CGCGGCGGAGGCUGCCGCAGGGCUCGCCGCGGGCAGGGGCGCAGCCCGCGCCCUGAGCCGCCGGGCGCGGAGCGGCGCGGAGCGGGGAGGCCGGCACUGCGGGCGGGGGCGUGCUGCAGCGCGCAGGGGCGGGCCGCGGAGCUCCGCCGCCGGCAGCCGGCUCCCCCGGCACCCUCUCCGCGGCGCGCACACCCAGCCAGGCGCACGCACGGCGGUACCCGCCCCUUCUCCCCGCCGCCCUUCUCAUCCCCGUCCAUGGCGCUGAGGACGGCAGCCCCCCGCUCCGCACGUGGCGGUGGGGCGGCUCGGCGCGGGCAUGGACCACGGUGACUUCCCCGGCCCGGGGGCGGCGGCGGCAGGCGCUGAAACCUCAGACCUAAUGGAAACUGGGGGCGAUGCCAGAUCGGCACCUCGGCGGGGAGGCAGAGGAGGAGGAGGAGGAGGCGGCGGCGGCCGUGGCGGGGUUCCAGCGACUGCCGAGCCCAGCGCUCCCCCGGCUGCGGAGACGAGCAUGAAUAUUGAUGGCCCCGUCGGCGGCGGGGGGAGCGGGGCGGCCGCUGCGGCAGUGCCGGGAGCCCCUGCCCCGCCGCUCCGCGCCCCCUGCUCCAGGGAUCCCAAACUGGUCCAUCAGCGGUUCCUGCGGAGGAGCGUGGUGGACUCGGACCAGGAGGAACCUGCUUUCGACCUGCCCGAGUCCGAGCACCAGAGGAAAAUUAUCCUGCUCCCCAAAACCCGGAGGAUAAUUGCGGAGAGGGCGAAGGCAGGGCACGGGGCCGCGGAGAAGGGGUGCCUGGGGGCCGAGCCUUCUGGGGAGCCGAAGGCAGCGCCAGCCCCUGGCAGCGUCGUGGGGGCUGAAGAGCAGAAGGAAGCGGGCAAAGAUGUGGAGAGGAAAGAGGCGUCGGACGCUUCCAGAGACCAGAGCAAGGCUAAGAAAGAGGAGCCUGAGGAGGAGGCCGACAUGAAAGCGGUUGCCACCUCGCUGGAUGGCAGGUUCCUAAAGUUUGAUAUUGAACUCGGGAGGGGAUCCUUCAAAACGGUCUAUAAGGGUCUGGACACGGAGACGUGGGUGGAAGUUGCGUGGUGUGAACUUCAGGACAGAAAACUCACAAAAGUAGAGAGGCAGAGGUUUAAAGAGGAAGCAGAAAUGUUGAAAGGUCUACAGCAUCCAAACAUUGUGAGAUUUUAUGACUUCUGGGAAUCCUGUGUAAAAGGCAAAAGAUGCAUCGUGCUGGUUACUGAAUUGAUGACCUCUGGAACACUAAAGACGUAUCUGAAGAGAUUUAAAGUGAUGAAACCAAAAGUCCUGCGUAGUUGGUGCCGGCAAAUCCUGAAGGGUCUUCUUUUCUUGCACACAAGAACUCCACCAAUAAUUCACAGAGACUUAAAAUGUGACAAUAUUUUUAUUACUGGACCAACUGGAUCUGUGAAAAUAGGAGACUUGGGCCUGGCAACCCUCAAGAGAGCUUCUUUUGCCAAAAGCGUAAUAGGUACACCAGAAUUUAUGGCUCCAGAAAUGUACGAGGAACACUACGAUGAAUCUGUGGAUGUCUAUGCUUUUGGGAUGUGCAUGUUGGAAAUGGCUACCUCAGAAUACCCUUACUCAGAAUGCCAGAAUGCUGCUCAAAUUUACCGGAAAGUAACCUGUGGUAUAAAGCCAGCAAGCUUUGAGAAAGUUACUGAUCCUGAAAUCAAGGAGAUAAUUGGGGAGUGCAUUUGCAAAAAUAAAGAAGAAAGAUACGAAAUUAAAGAUUUAUUAAGCCAUGCCUUUUUUGCUGAAGAUACUGGGGUAAGAGUGGAACUUGCAGAAGAAGACCAUGGUAGGAAAUCCUCUAUUGCCUUAAGACUCUGGGUAGAAGAUCCUAAGAAACUGAAAGGAAAACCCAAAGAUAAUGGAGCCAUUGAGUUUACUUUUGAUCUGGAGAAGGAAACUCCUGAUGAUGUUGCACAAGAAAUGAUUGACUCUGGAUUUUUUCAUGAAAAUGAUCUCAAGAUAGUUGCGAAGUCGAUACGUGACAGAGUAGCAUUAAUUCUAUGGAGAAGAGAGAGAAUUUGGCCUAGGAUGCAGUCAGAGGAGCGUCGGGACUCUGAAUGUCUGGAGAAGUUGAAGACGCCGCAUGCACAGCAGGUCCAGGUCACCUACCUGUCUCACACUGGCCACCAUGUCCUGUCGGAGUCGGAGGAGCCUGAGGCGGACCAGCAUCCCUUUCAGCAAAACCUGCCCACCAGCGUCACGUCUGUUGCAUCCGACAGCACAUUUGACAGUGGCCAGGGGUCCACUGUUUAUUCAGACUCCCAAAGCAGCCAGCAAAGUGUCAUCUACUCGUCUCUGCCUGAUCCAGUACCUCCUGCUAUCCAGCGGGUGUACAGCCCACCUCUGAGCGAGAGCCAGGCUGUGCCCCAUAGCCUUCAGCAGCUGGGGCACUACCAGCAGCCCUCAGGACCUGGCCUCCCCGCGGUUCAGGCUGCGCCGGCGGUGGUCUCCCAGCGGCCCCAGCACUACCAGGAGCCGGCCAUGCCGUUCCCAGUCGUCCAGCCCACCACCGUCUCCUCCCUGCAGCUGGGGCAGCCGCAGCCGGCGCUGGCCGGCCAACAGCAGCAACCCAUAUCCCAGCAAGCUUCUCUGCAGCAGGUGCUUGCCAGCCAGCCAGUUUGCCCAAUCCAGCCUGCAACCCACCUGUUACCCCAGUAUCAACCCCAGACCUCUCAGGUGGCAGCUAGCAGUACACCACUAAAACCCCUUCAGAUUUCAACUGUGCCACAGCUUCCACCGGUGGCCCCUUCCCAGAUUCCUCAGUUUCCUGUCAUUCCUGCAAUUACUCCUCUGGCAGGACUUGACAGCCUUCCUCCAAACCUCUCUGAUAUGCCUGCUGCAAACGUGCCCCCCAUACCUGCUCCUUCUCAGUAUUUUGCUCCAGCCGUGAUUUUACCCAGCCUCCCCAUGAACCCCACUCUGCCUAUGGCACCAAACUCCCCUGCCCUCCCCAUGCAGGCAGUCAAUCUUCCUCAUACCACCGUGGCUUCUUUGGUCUUGCCCUGCCAAACGAUAGUGCCAAAUAUGUCGGCUGCUACGAUACCGCUGCUUGCCGUGGCUCCGCCGGGAGUGCCAGCGUUGCCACCGCAUCACGGGGUGCCCCAGCUCCCCCAGCAGCAGAUGUACCAGACCGCCUUCCAGCAGAUCAUGCAGAGCGAAGCGCCCUCUCCCCAUCACACGCAGAGCGCGCAAGCAGUACCCCAGCCGCAGCCGCCUCCUCCUCCUCCUCAGUCGCUUCAGCCAGGCGUAAUUCAUCCUCCAGAACAGACUCUGGCUGCGCCUGGGGCUGGUCACCAGCAGAUUACUGGACACACUCAGUAUGCUUUGGACGCUGGAGCCCAGGUGCCCGUGCUGCCUGUGCAACCUUCAAUAGUCAUGUCACCGCCUUUGCAGCUGCAGCCUGAACUGUUGCCUCCCCGCGUCGCUCCAGAAGGCAUUUCACAGAUUCAUGGCAGCCUUGCUACAGCUAGCCCGCCUGUCCCCAUAGAUCACGGUCUGCCUCUUCAGCCUUCUGCUCUGCUGCAGCUUCAGCCCGAUCUUUCCCAGCCGCUGGGUCAGCAGCUCCCAGCUCCCUGCUCAGCCGUCCAGGCAGUCGCAGAGACAUCUCAAGAGGAGCAGGCAAUACAGGACAAACUUCAAACUCUGUCACAGAGCUGUGAAAGCUACAUGAGUCCAGAUGUUGCUUCGGGUAAAGAGAUGAGUGACAGCUUUGAAGGAGCAAUAGGAAGUGGAAAACAAGAAGGAAAGUCUUCGAAGAAACAUAAGAAAUCUACACGCGCUCGUUCACGCCAGGAGAAGUCCAGCAGACCAAAACUGACCAUAUUAAAUGUUUGUAACACGGGCGAUAAGAUGGUGGAGUGCCAGCUUGAAACACACAAUCACAAAAUGGUGACUUUUAAGUUUGAUUUGGAUGGUGAUGCACCAGAGGAGAUUGCUACCUACAUGGUAGAGAAUGAAUUCAUAUUGCAGAGUGAAAAAGAGACAUUUAUUGAACAAAUGAAAGAUAUUAUUGAUAAAGCAGAAGAUAUGCUCAGUGAAGAUACAGAAGGAGAACGAAGUUCUGAUCAGGGAACGAGUCCCCAACAAGAUACCGAUAGACUGGAAAUGAAUGAGGAGAAGCGGCAAUCUCAAAUGAAGACACCUGUGUAUCAACAAAACGUUUUGCAUACUGGAAAAAGGUGGUUCAUUAUAUGUCCUGUUGUGGAAAACCCCACUACUGAUGCACCAGAAUUUUCUCCACCCGUACCUCAGAGUACACAGCAGUCUGAAGGGCCAGACCUGGAGCAGUCGGACGAUCAGCAGGCGACCUCCGCGGUGACGGAUCCGCCUGGUGUCUUAGCUGGUCAGCAGCUUCCCCUACAAGCAGGCGUAUGCGACAGCCCCGUCGGAGCCCCUCCAGCUUUGGCACAAGCUCCCGCCGCAGCACCUUCCGCCGGCUUACCGACCCAGGCGGAGUUCCCAGCUCCGGCGCUGCCGGGACCCGCUCCGAGCGUCCCGGAGCAGGCGGCCGCUAACGGCGGUCAGCCGGAGUAUUCCCCGCGGAAGGCGGCGAUGCCCGCUCAGCCGGGCGCCCCCGCGCCCCGUGCCGCCGCGCCGGAGGAGCCUUCCGACGCCGCCUCCGCUGCGCAGCACCCGCAGCCGCGGGCCGACGAGGGCGCCUGCGUCCCCGACGUGGAGAUAGCGUGUUGCAGCGUCGGGCCGCACAAGCCCGUCCCGGCGGCUCCCGCGAAGGCGGCGGAGCUCUGCCCGCUCCCCGUGCUCCCGGAGGCCGCGGUGCUGGAGCGGCAGCCUGCGGCGCAGGUCCCUCACCUGCCAGAGGCCGGCCCGCCUGGCGCGGCGCAGCGCUCCUUCGUGAGCCAAGCGUUCCCUGCCGCCGCCGCCGCGGCCGAUCCUCUCGGCCUGGCCGGGCCUCAGCUCCAGAGCCCCACGCAGGUGCCGGCGGCCGCGCCGCAGCAGCACGCCAUGCUGCCCCAGGCGCAGCCCGCAGCCUGCGCCGGCGCGGGCAUCGGCCUGCUGCAACAGCAGCAGCCCAGCACCGCCGAGUCCGACGGGGAGGGACCGCCCAGGGUGGACUUCGUUGACAACACCAUAAAAAGCCUCGAUGAGAAGCUGCGCAAUUUACUUUACCAGGAAUACGUUCCUACUUCUUCUGCCUCGGCGGGGACCCCAGACGCCUCUGUCCCACUCGAACAGGGCGACGCUGAAUUUAGCUUGCCACCUUUUCCCGAAGACCAGGUUCCCACGUUGGCGUUGGAUGCGAGAGAACAGGAGAGAGGCCAGGAGGUGAAAGCUGCUGCCGAGGCCCAGUCGGUGCCGCUCGUCCCCCCCGAGGUCUCGCCCUACCCAACACCGGUUAGUCCAGCGGCGGCUCUGCCCUGUGUACCCCCAAAUCCAGCUGUUAAGCACAGCACCGAAGCAGAGCUCAGACCCGACGAGCCUGUGUUUGAAAAGUCGGAGGUCACCGGCAUCAGUGCUCAUUCCUCAGCAGCAAGAGGUGGGUCAGCAAGCAGAAAAGGUUCAGCUGCAAGCAUCACUUCAGCUCCUGCUGCUACAACAAAAGGCCUCCUUCAGGUUGCACCUACACCAUCAAGCAUAACUAAACAGAUGGAAACUUCUAAAAGGAGCGAGAAGGCAAAGACUAUGACUUCGUCUGCACACACAGAUAAUGUAACGCAGAUAUCUACAGCAGAUGGGGUGAUAAAUAACCUUCAAAGGGAUGACUCUCUAGACUCUGGUUCCUAUGGAAAACAGGCUGAAACUCAUGAUAGCGGUACACCAGCCAAAACUAUUGGCAGGUUUUCAGUAAUCAGCACGCAAGACGAAUUAACUUUAACAGCGCCGCAUUGCUUACGGUUCUCGGCACCCCCAGACGUCUAUUUGGAUGAGCUACCUUCCAGCCCUGAUCUGAAGACAGCUGUCCGACGGGUGCAGACAGCCUCUUCUGUCGAUGUCCUCUGUGACCAGGGUUCGAGUGAUUCUGCUGAUGAGGCUUUCCAUCGUCAGUCGGCUGCUGCUGCCCAACUGUCCCCCCCAAGCAGUAGUGCAGCCACUGACUUAAUUAAAAAAGCAGCUGCUUUUCUGCAAAGAUCUGGCAAAGCUAGCUCGCCAGGCCUCGAUUCACCUAAUGGGCAAGGAACAAAAAUUCCUACCAUCAACAUAACAUCUUUCCACUCGCAGUCAUCAUACAUGAGCAGUGACAACGACUCGGAAUUUGAAGAUGCAGAUAUGAAGAAAGAAUUGCAGAACCUGAGAGAAAAGCAUAUGAAAGAAAUUGCUGAACUUCAGACUCAGCAGAAGAAUGAGAUAGAGGCACUGUAUAUUCGGUUAGGGAAACCCCUUCCUCCCAACUUGGGGUUCCUUCACUCAGCCCCACCAAGCAGCCGUCGCCGAAGAACCAGCAAAAAUAAAUUGAAAGGUGGAAAACUAUUAAACCCUCUGGUCCAGCAGCUCAGGAGUGGAACAUCAAGCACAAGUAAUCUUUCAGACUCUAAAGACUCACCCCACAAAGAAACAACUAAAACUCAGCCUGGAUCUCCCGAAGCAGCAGCGGUAACUUCCCCUGCAUCAGCCACCUUUGGGAAGGCUGUUCAGACACAGCAGCCGUGCUCUGUCAAAGCCUCUUUGUCUUCUGACAUCUGCUCCGGCUUAGGCCCCGAAGGAGGUGACGUGAACGCAAGCUCUGGCCAAGGCUGGACGGUUUUCCACCAAACGUCUGAGAGAGUGACCUAUAAAUCUAGUAGCAAACCUCGUACCAGAUUCCUCAGUGGACCUGUGUCUUUGUCCAUCUGGUCCACCUUGAAACGACUAUGUCUAGGCAAAGAUCACAGUAGUAGAUCCUCGACAAACAGUCUCGUAACGUGUCCUGAGCCCCUCCCGCAAUCAACCCUGCAGGUUCAGGCCAACAACAGUAACAACAAGAAAGGGACGUUCACAGAUGAUCUUCACAAGCUGGUUGACCAGUGGACGAGCAAAACUGUUGGAGCUGCACAGUCAAAACCUUCCUUAAACCAACUGAAGCAGAACCAAAAAAGGCAAGACAUGGAGCCAAAGGCUAAUCCCAUGCAAACGCAGAAUGAGACAUGUGGAGUUAAUUCGGUAAGAACGGGAUUGGGGAAAAAGUGCGUCGUUCCAGCGUCUUGCCCCGUGCCCGCCGCGUUAGCGCCUGGAGUUUCACCGUCCCUGCCGGUGCCUAUGCCGGGGCCUGCCCUCUCUGGCGCAGCGACACCUUACGCCAUGCCUCUCUGUCAGUACGGAGGAGUUUUCCCGACGCCCGUUUACGGAGCGCAGUGGCCGGGGGCUGUCGGGGGUCCACGCGUUGCACGGUUCUCGCCUCUCGGCAAAACCUGCGUGCGUGCGUACCCGCCGCCGCUGCAGCGACCCGCGGCCGAGCCGCCUGGCCCGCGCCUGCGCAUGACGUAGCUCGGUCGCCUGGCCGCGGGUAACGGUGAUGCCGGCGGCGUCGCGGGGAGCGUUCGACCUGUCGACGCCGUACGCGUUGGACGAGGCGGGGGUCCGCGUCGGGCCUGCUUGCAUACACAGCCAUACGCCGCAUCCAGCAAUCACUGUGAGGUGGUUUCACACGAGAUAGUUUGUCUGUUCCGGCAAUAUUUGCUUACGUUUCGUUGCUGAAGACACUUUAUUCUGUUGCGUUCUGAUGUUUUACACUUGCGAUCCUUAAAGUCGAUGUACUUGAAUUGAUGACUAGAAAAUUGUACUAACCCCUGCAGGAGUACAGUGCCUUGAAUUUCAGCUUUUCAGUUCCAGCUGGAAAGAGAUGUAAAAUUAUUUGAAAGGUGUAUUUUAUUUACAAUCUGCUUGUGAGUUGAAGUUCUUUUUAUUUGCAAAUAUAUUGAAGGUUUACAGUCAAUGUUCUUCAUCGGUUUCAUUCUGCUGUAAAUGCUUUUAUUUUAAUUCGUGGGUUGAAUUUUCAUUUCUGAAGCUUUUAAAAAAAAUAAUAGUUGUGAGGUGAGAUUUGUCUGAGAUGCCGAUCAAAAAAUUGUUUGUGUUUGUACAAGGAGUAGUGAAAUGCACAUAUUUUAAAAUAGGAGCAUUUACAGAGUGAUCCAAGUAACUUGUAUAUAAGGACAGGUAAUAGCUUCGGGCAGUGCAAUUCAUUCUCUUCCCCAGUCUUUGGUAAGGUGUUGUAGAUGGCAACUUAUUUCUCUGACAGGCAGGCAAAUACUGUUUUCUUCUGGAUCAGCAGCGAAUUGGAUUACAUUUUCUUUCCCCUACUGGGCUUUUAUAAUUUAGUUAAAUUACAAAUUCAUGCAUGUUUUGUAAGUGAAGAAAUCUAACUGAAAUCUUGAUUGUAGGAGAACAUAUCUCCAGGUUACUGUAAGAACUGUGUAAGUACAGCACUUGCGCAUAUUCGGGCUUCGGUUCGGCCACCAAGGUUAAGAAUGGUGUUUUGCCACUGACGUGCUAGCAGUAUUCACGCUAAAACAGAAUAAAAAUGUGAAGCUCUUCUUUUUCAUAUCUGAUACUUCAGUUUUGGAGUCUCACCAUCUUUUGUUUGAAAAUUCUUAUUUUUUUAAUUUUUAUUUUAGUUUUAAUUAAGUUUGCGCUCUAGGUGGUAUGGACACCUCUCUCCUGUUUGAAAGUUGCUUUUUGCCAGUUUUACCGUGCAUAGAGUCUCCGCCUGCACCUCUCAGUCUAAAGGCACAAGAUAACCACUAAAACUGAUUUGCUGAUGGUAAGUCUCCUUUCCCUCGAAAGCGCUAAGGGCGAGCGUUACGGGCGCACAGGUCACGGACCGUGUGGUCACAUCUGAAGGCACGUUGCUCUGUAUCUCUACUGCGAUGACAUUUUAUACUGUCUGUUGAAGGGCAGAGAUGUCUUGUGCUGCCAAGCUGUGAAUUGUAUAGUUCUAUUGUACUUUGAGCAUUAUAUCUGUCUAAAUUAUUUUGUUUGUACCCUUUGAAUAUAUUAUUCCAUCAAUUCAGUUAGAAUUGAAUUUUAUAGACAAUUAUGCAGAGUCUUCUGCCUGGGCAAAAUACUUACUGUAGUAAGAGAUUUCUGUUCUCUGUAACAUGUAUCUUUAAUUUGUUUGGGUUUUUUAGAUUCAUGUCUGUAUGCUUCAUGAGCAAACAUGGAAAAUAUGUUCUCACACCAGUUUUCCUUCGGCUUACACUGAAUCUUAUAGUUUAUGUCGCUAUUGCCUGUUGUAUAGUCCAUCCCUUGUAUACUGACAAAGUCAGUGGCACUAAAAACCCCAAGAAAUUGUAUAGAUUAAAAAGAAGAAAAAUAAACAUUUUGUGCUUGAAAA